UCGUCACAUGACCCGAGUCUUGUGACAGUGCAGCGAGCAGGAAAAACGUCGUUUUCACUUUGACACAGUUUCCAGAUUCAGAUUUCUCUCUCAAAAAACGAGAGAAAUCCAGGAAAGCUCGACAUGGCGCGUCUUUAGGACACACUCCCGGCUUUUAUAACCAUUCCCGCGUUUCUGUCGCAGAUGCUUUAGCGGAGCGGCGGUGGAGUCGCAUGGGGAGACUGGAGGAACUUUCUGAUCUUUGUUUUGGUUUUUGUUUUGCGUUUGUCCGCGUUAAAGAAGCUCUCGGAGAUUGUAUGUUAGUUUGGUGAAGUACGCAGGACGUCUCAGACAGAUAUGGACACCAAACCUCUACUCCAGGACAGACCCCCAGCCUACAACACUGUCCCGAGCGCCUACGACUACGGCUCGAUCCCCGCGGCCGGUGCACCCGCGGCGGGCUUCCAGCCUCCAGCCCCGCCGCCUUACCAGGGUUUCCCCGCGGCGGCAUCAGGUUAUCCAGCAGCUCCGGCUCCGGCUGCAGCUCAGCCAGCCUUCAGCACCUACACCAUCGUCCAGCCCUCGGUAGUAGUGGUGGGGGGAUGUCCAGCCUGCAGGGUUGGCGUGCUGGAGGACGACUUCACCUGUCUGGGCAUCAUGUGUGCCAUCUUCUUCUUCCCGCUGGGCAUCCUCUUCUGCCUGGCGCUGCGUCAGAGGAGAUGCCCAAACUGCGGAGCCACCUUCGGCUAGAAACGGACCAAGCGCACGCCGUCUUUUAGAGCAUCAGCAUACGUUAAUCACUGCACACCAAUAAUGCCAAACCGCGCUCAUGUUAACCACUGUCAUGAUGAAGAAACCAGCCACAAACUCCACAUGAUGAUGAUGAUGAUGAUGUUUUUAAUAGUGCUGGGCAAACAUUCAUUACAUUAAAGCUUGUGUUGACAAUAUAUAGCUUAUUCUUUUUUAAUUCUUUCCCAAAUGAUGUUGAACAGAUUUAGUCCCAUUUCAUCUUUUCCCAGCACUAGUUUGUUUCCUCUGUGUUGUUUUCCAGUCAUUGAAUCACCAGUGCCUUUAUGAUGGCAGAGAAGCGGCCGGGAAGAACAUCGUGGAUGUUUCAUCUGCGCUUCUUUAUUUGUAUUUUAAUUAAAGCAUCACUCUUGACUAUUAUACGUUUGUCGAAUCGUCCGCCUAUCUUCUGUUUUGAUCGUUGUUUGUAUAUUAUGGAUCACUUGUAGACCACUGAUGGGGUGUAUUUUUAUUUGAUUUGUUGUAGGGGGCCAUGUUAUCCUCAAGCUGCACCGAUAUGAUCAGUGCUAAAGGGACAGUUCACGCAAAAAAUUACAAUUCUGUCACCAUUUAUUUAUUCCAGAGAGCUUUUAGCAGCUUCUGUUGACCACAAAAGAAGAUAUUUUGAAAAAUGUUGGAAACCUGUAACCAUUGACUUCAAUAGUAUGUUUUUCCUACUAUGGAAGUCAAUGGUUACAGGUUUCAACAUGUUUCAAAAUAUCUUCAAACUUGUAGCCAUUGACUUAAGUAGUAUUUUUUUUCCUACUAUGAAAGUCAAUGGUUACAUGUUUCAACAUGUUUCAAAAUAUCUUCUUUUGUGUUCAACAGUAGAAACUUAUUCUGUUGAACACAAAAGAUACUUUGAAAAAUGUUGGACACCUGUAACCAUUGACUUCUAUAGUAUUUUUUUCUACAAUGGAAGUCAAUGGUUACAGGUUUCCAACAUUCUUCAAAGUAUCUUGUGCUAAACAAAGUCAGUCAUUCUGUUGAACACAAAAUAUAUUUUGAAAAAUGUUGGAAACCUGUAGCCAUUGACUUCAAUAGUAUUUUUUGCCUACUAUGGAAGUCAAUUGCUACAGGUUUCAACAUGUUUCAAAAUAUCUUCUUUUGUGAUCAACAGAAGAAACUCAUUCUGUUGAACACAAAAGAUACUUUAAAACAUGUCAGACACCUGUAACCAUUGACUUCUAUAGUAUUUUUUCCUACUAUGGAAGUCAAUGGUUACAUUUCCAACAUGUUUCAAAACAUCUUCUUUUGUGCCCAACAGAGGAAACACUCAUAAAUGUUUUGGAACCACUUGAAAAUGAGUAAAUGAUGAGUAGCUUGUUUUUUUUGGGUGAACUGUCUCUUUAAAUCAGUUAUUUUCCAGCCGUCUGAAAUCUGCAAUACACAGGAUGCUGUACAAUAAAUCCUCCAGUAGUUGCUGUUCGACAAUGGAAACACUUUCCUUCCAGUGACGACAAUCAAUCUGUGUUUAUUCCUCAUGUUUAUUAUGCUUUGUAUUAUUCGUCAUGUGCCGUACACGUCUAGCCACGCUCUUAUCAUCAGUUAUGACCUUUUUUACAUUGAGAGAGAUUGUAAAUAAAUUCUACUCGUGUCA